AUGCCCCCGCCGCACCUCCCGCCGCACUUCUCGCCGGGCCCGCUGCAGGUCUCAUACGCCAGCAAGCGCCAUGCCGCCAAACGCCCGCGCACCGACGACGGCGGCGGCGGCGGCGGCGAGCCUGGAGAUGCCAGCACCAGCCUGGGCCUGGCUAUGCUUGCUGACUCUGCGCACGGCGAAGAUGCGCCCUCCGCCGACCUGCUGAUGGCCGCCCAUCACCACUCCCACGCCCACCAUACCCAUCACUCGCACCACCACGUCCCGCACGAAUACCAGUCCCCACCCCUCCACCACUCGCAGCAUCCCCAGCAGCAGCAACAGCAACAGCAACAACAACACCACCACCACCGACUGCCCUCGCAGGCUACACUCGCCGGCGGCCCGCCCGGCUCCGGCAGCGCCGGCGGAGACGCAGACCUGGGGUCGCCCGGGGGCAGCGCGGCGCCGGGCUCGCAGAGCGUCGUGGGCCAGCCUGGCAUGCCCGACCCGGCGCCGCGGCCGCGCGGGCCCAAAUUGAAAUUCACGCCCGAGGAGGACCGGCUGCUGGUGGAGCUGAAGGAGAACAAGAACCUGACGUGGAAGCAGAUUGCCGACUUCUUCCCGGGCCGCACCAGCGGCACCCUACAAGUGCGCUAUUGCACCAAGUUGAAGGCGAAGGCCACCGUCUGGACGGACGAAGCGGUAAGUCCAAAAAGCAAACACCCCAGAAAAAAAGAGUAA